UUAUUUGGAAAUGGGUUGACGGAGUGGGAAAGGAUUGGUCGGGGAGAGGGAAGUGUUGGACAGUGCGCAGGUACAGACAGUGUCGGUGCCGAGGUGACUGCUGGGAUCGCUGCGCCUGCGCCCACGCUGCCGCCAUAUUGUGGGUUCGGGGUCUGAGGGUCUAACGGUUGGUGCGCGAGAGCUCGGGGAGGCGAGCGGCAAUUUCAGACAUGGCCAGCCCAGUAAAAGAUAACUACAGGAUGAGAAGCUACAAGAACAAAGCUUUAAACACUCAGGAAAUGCGAAGGCGACGAGAGGAAGAAGGAAUCCAGUUACGGAAACAAAAAAGGGAAGAGCAGUUGUUCAAGCGCAGAAAUGUGGCAGUUCCUGGAAGUGAUGAAGCCAUGUUUGAAAGCCCUAUUCAGGACCCUGAUAUAAGUUCUACUGUAGUAUCUGUACCUGGGGAAGGUGUAAUCACAGUGGAAAUGGUGCAGAUGAUCUUUUCAGAAGAUCCCGAUCAGCAACUCGCAGCUACACAGAAGUUUCGGAAAUUGCUUUCAAAAGAACCUAAUCCACCAAUAGAUGAAGUCAUAAAUACACCUGGUAUUGUGCCAAGAUUUGUGGAGUUUUUGAAGAGGAAUGAGAAUUUUACCCUCCAAUUUGAGGCUGCAUGGGCUUUAACCAACAUUGCUUCUGGAACAUUUCUCCAUACUAAAGUGGUUAUAGAAGCUGAUGCUGUUCCUAUCUUCAUUGAGUUACUCAGCUCAGAAUAUGAGGAUGUGCAAGAGCAGGCAGUCUGGGCACUUGGCAACAUUGCAGGUGACAAUGCUGAAUGCAGAGAUUUUGUGUUAAGUUGUGGAAUUCUUCCACCUCUCUUACAGUUAUUAACUAAGUCAAACCGUCUUACCACAACAAGGAAUGCUGUGUGGGCUUUGUCCAACCUAUGCAGGGGAAAGAAUCCACCCCCGGAUUUUGAAAAGGUGUCACCUUGUUUGAAUGUUUUGUCAAGACUAUUAUUUAGCAGUGAUCCUGAUGUCUUGGCUGAUGCUUGCUGGGCCCUUUCUUACCUUUCUGAUGGACCCAAUGAGAAAAUACAAAUAGUUAUUGACUCUGGCGUUUGUAGGCGAUUAGUGGAGCUUUUGAUGCAUAAUGAUUAUAAGGUUGUAUCACCUGCACUGAGAGCUGUAGGAAAUAUAGUUACUGGAGAUGACAUCCAGACACAGGUGAUUUUGAAUUGCUCUGCACUUCCCUGCCUCCUUCAUUUGUUGAGCAGCCCAAAAGAAUCCAUACGGAAGGAAGCUUGCUGGACAGUUUCCAACAUCACUGCUGGAAAUAGAGCACAAAUUCAGGCUGUAAUAGAUGCAAAUAUUUUCCCAGUGCUUAUUGAUGUUCUCCAAAAGGCUGAAUUCCGCACUAGAAAGGAGGCUGCAUGGGCUAUUACAAAUGCAACAUCUGGAGGAACUCCAGAACAGAUCAGGUAUUUGGUGGAACUGAGCUGCAUCAAACCUCUCUGUGACUUGCUUACAGUCAUGGAUUCCAAAAUAGUGCAAGUUGCUUUGAAUGGACUAGAAAACAUUUUACGAUUAGGAGAGCAAGAAGCCAAACAGAAUGGAACCGGUAUCAAUCCAUACUGUGCACUUAUUGAAGAAGCCUACGGUCUGGACAAAAUAGAAUUUCUCCAAAGUCAUGAAAACCAGGAAAUCUAUCAAAAGGCCUUCGAUUUGAUUGAGCAUUAUUUUGGUAUAGAGGAGGAGGACUCGAGCAUUGCACCACAAGUGGAUGAAAAUCAGCAGCAGUUCAUCUUCCAACAGCAAGAGGCCCCAAUGGAAGGAUUCCAGCUCUAAAUGCAUGAUUGGUGAAACUGUCUACAAGUACCACCAUUGCAACAUAUUCAAAAGGAACUUCAUAAAUCCUCAGAGCCAAAAUUAUGAAGAAGCUGCUUUAAUGGAGUUUAAAAUUAGGAACAUUGUUGAAAGGGCAAAAUUUUGAGGCAGCUUAUGCACUUUUCUAUUUGCAGUUUAAAAUUACAUUUAAACUGGGGCUGUUGAUUUUCAUGUUUCAUAUUUAAUAUUCAUUUAAGUAUCUGGGGUUAUAAACAUCUGAACUCUAUCUGAAUUGCUCCAAAGAGAGAGGUGUUGGAGUAGGAGAGACACCUAUAUUUAAGCUGAAAUUGCAGCCAUCUAAAAAGUACUGUUUCAUUUAACUGUUUACAGCCCUAAUUUAAACAAUACUUAUUUAUUCUUUUGAUCCCAGAGCCUCAAAAUACUGUUACAGGGUGUGGUUUACUUUUUGUUGAAUAAUGAAAUUGAAGUCUAACCUAUUUGACCAAAAUCCUUUUGAAAGGUUCUGAAGUUGUAUUGCUGUUAUUUAAAAUUUCAGACUUGUAAACUACAAUUUGAGCAAAUUAGUUAGCACUGCAACCUUCAACACUAGUAUCUGUAAACAUAGUUUAUAGGUACACCUCCCCCUCCCAAUGAUAAAUCUACCUCUCUUUGAAUUAAGACAGAAGUUGUUUAAAAGAUUCUGACUUGUUGAAAUAUUUGUUAUACUACAAGUCAAUUCUGUGAAUGAAAACAAUAUUAUCAGCAUUUGCUAGUCCAUAUUCCAAUAUGGAAAUCUGUAAAUUUACAUUUUGUUCUUAACUUACUGGAAGAUAAUUUCGUAAGUGCACUCUGAACAGAAACUUGAAAUUGUAGCAGUACCAACUAUACUUGGAGUUGAUAAUUGCAUUGGGGUGUGUAGAGUACAUGUACGUAUAUUUGUAGAAAGUGAAAUAACUGGCAAUCAUUGAAACUGUUGUAUUUCUAAUUAGGUGACCAUACAUGGUUAGUAGCAAGAUGUAAAUUGUUCCCCUUCUCUUCACCCCCCCAACCUCUCUCUCUCUCUCUCUCUCUCUCUCUCUUUCUUUCACCCCCUUCCCCCUCCCACCCUAAAGUUCCAAAAAAUGCACUAACCUAAGUGAAGAUAUUAUUAUUCUUCAAUUUGGGAAAUUAAUUCGAGUAGAUUUAAUAGGUAUCAACUUAAGAAUUUUGAACAACCAAAUGGGUGCAGGUUAAUGGUGGCUAAAGUGGCAUUUCACAGUCAUGCUGUUUAGUUAUCUCCUUCAUUCACCUUUUUUCCUCUUACUGAGCACUACUAUUGAAUUGCCUGUUUUCUUAUUCCUUUAAAAAUGUUUGUUUAUCCCUUAAAAUUCUUUUAUGUACCAGAGGUGUAUGAACUACUGCAGAAAAACUAUUUUAUGUUUACUUCACUAAACUGGUAGAAUUAGAAUUUCCAGCUGACGUUAAAUAAUGUCAAAAAUUUGCAGCUGAUGUUAAAAUAAUGUCACUAAUCUUCAAAACAUAAAUAUAACAAAAUAUAUUACUGGUUUCAGGUUUCCUCCAAUAUUUAAUUCACAAUGUACCAGCAAGAACACACAUUUAAAAGAUUUGCCUGGUUAAGGAUGGGGAAUGCACUUCUGAAUUAAAUAAUUUGAAAGAAAAUAAAUUAGAUCUAGAAAUGCAUACAAUUUUCUAAAAUAAUUGUUAAUUUUAUUCAAUAUUAAGUAUAUAGAUUUUGAUCUUGAAAUUUUCAAUAUUUAUAUUCAUGAAUUUUUCUGCUUAUCAGAAUUCAAAGUUAAUUUUGCUGUUAUGUUCUAUUAGUAUAUGGGGUGGAUACUAAAAAUGACAGGUAAUACCAGCUAGUGUGUGCUCAAUGUGUUUGUGGGACAUUCCUCUGUUGAUAUUUUAAGGGAGGCACAUGAAAAAAUAUUAUUGGUCAUCCACAUAUUGUCAACAGUAAUUAUUAAUAUCUCAAGGGGCACCGGUUGUUAUUCUGUAUGGCCUGAAUAAACAAAACAGCCAAAUUUGAUCUAUCAUGAUAAAAUGUAACUGCGGAAUGUUGGCAAGUAUGUGCACAUCUACGUACAAAAGCAAAUCAGUAUUUGAAAAAAAUUCUUUAAAAACUCCUAGUUACAUUGUGAGAAUAUAUACAAUUGUGAUUUGUAAUACAUUCAUAGAACAAAGACAUUUCUUCCUGUGAAUGUCUUGUUUUUUUUGUGUUAUAUAAAAUAUUUCUUGAUGCAGCUGAUGCCUUUCAAUGAAAAGUGUCUUCUGCAUUAUAUACCAUUUUUUAGGUUCAUGGUGGGGGGGACGGGGGAAAUGAUGUUUUGGAAUUGCAGUUGUAGUUCUUUGAGUCUUGAAAGAACCAAACUCGCGAAAUGUAUGCAACAGUAAUACACAGUUAAAACGUAACUAAUGUUUGCAUGUGCUAUUAAUGCAUGGCUGUUUUAAUACACAGUUCUAUUGCCAAGCAACAUGCAUAAUGUAUAAUACUUAAUUGCUCCCAUAUCACUAUUACCAAAAGACCACUCACUCAAAUUUGCAUAGCAUUUGACAAGGGUGGCCAAAUCUUAAUUUAAAAUUUACAACAGUAUUACUUUGAAAUGCUGGAAGCAUUUUUUGUCUGUUAAAAGUAUAGUUAAUAUUUAGCACAUAACUACUUCAAUUUCAUGAAACACUUCAACUAGGAUGAAACUUUAUAUGCAUAGUCAUGUUGUGAAUGCAUAUCAAUUGCUCAGUCUUGCCCUUGGAAAUUUAUGCAGCAGUUUGCUCAAAAGCCCUGUUUUGGAAUUCAGAAAUGAUUCUACAAAUGCUGGUUUUGCAAAUACCAGAAAAUAAAUGUUGGAGCAUUUUGUAUUGUAGUUUUUGUUUGCUACAUUAGUUAUGUCAGUCUAUGCCUCAGUCAUGAGCUCAGUUUAGCAGUGGCUACCUAGCUGUAUCUUGCAGUACAUAUGUUGUAUCCUGCAGAAUAAUGUAAGCCUCAGAACUAAUAUUACUAAAAUAAUGUAUUUGAAGGCAAAAAUGUUUAAUAUGGCUUCCUUUAUUAGAUAAACUAUAAUGUAAUACAUCUCUACCAGCAAUAGUUGCAUAAAUCAUGGAGAAAAGCUUAAGUUUCAAAAAUCUGUGCUCUAAAUUCACAUAUCUACAUUAAAGCUAAUGUUUGUGUGUAUAUAUUUUUUUACAAUGACCAGAGCUGUACAGUUUGACAUGAGUAUUCAUGUUUUUGGAUCUAUUUUCUUUCAUUUGGGAUUACUUUUUUCCUACUGUUGCUGGCAACAGCCCCUGAAAUCAACAGCCCUUGAAACUAUUUACCCUCUUUUCUCUGUCCCCAACCUGACCCAGUCUUGUUCUCCUUAAAUUUUAAUCUCUGAAAUUGUUUGAACAAAAUUGAGUAAUGCGCCAAGCCCAAUGCAAAAGGGUAAAUAUCAUGCAAAAGAAGUCAAAUUUUGUUUGUGUAUUGUUUGUAUAUGUGCUAAGGAUGUUGAUUUUUUUCUUCCACUCUUGGGCUAGGAAUUGCACAAUCUAACAUUUAUUGAAUUGCAUUGGAAUGUAUUAAAUUUGGAAAUGUCUGGAAAGCGAAGAAAAAAAUAAAAUCCAUUCACACGA